AUGGAGUCCAAGAUCCCCGACUUCCUUGCCGAACAGCAAGCAAAUGGCACCCCCGAGACGCAAACCUACUUUCUGACCUUCGAAGAGUACUGGGAGCGAAAGCUAUGGCAUCAACUCACAGAUUCUCUGGUGGAGUUUUUCCGCCUCCCAGAGAGCGCGCCCCAGCGCUUAGCCAUCUUCAAGACCUUUGUGCUCAGCUUCGCCGACCGCAUCAACCAACUCAAGUUCGUCGCGCUGGGUUUGAUGGCAUCGACAGAAUGUGCUGAUGACAAGGAACGACUGUCUUUCCUCACAUCCCUCGCGGACAAGGUUGACAAGCCCGAAUCACAAGACGCUUAUGUCUAUGCGCUCGCCGAUGUCGCCAAUGCCAAGCUACGACUACCAGACCUUGAUGGGGCCCAGAAGGAUUUGGCAUCUUGCCAAAAGGUGCUGGAUUCGUUUGAUUCAGUUGAGACUGUUGUGCAUGCGUCAUUCUACAAAGUUAACGCCGACUAUUAUCACCACAAGGAGGAAUUCGCCUCUUUCUACAAGAACGCCCUCCUCUACCUUGCCUGCAUUGACUUGGAAGAACUUCCCGAAACCGAGCGUGUCUCCCGCGCCUACAACCUCAGCGUCGCAGCUCUCGUCUCAGACUCAAUCUACAACUUCGGCGAGCUCCUCUUGCACCCCAUCCUGGAUUCUCUGACCAACACACCACACAACUGGCUACGUGAUCUUCUCUUCGCCUUCAACCGCGGAGAUUUGACUGCCUACGACGUGCUGGCGGGUAACAUUAGCAAGAACAAGCUUCUCGAGUCACACAAGGUUUUCCUGUACCAGAAGAUUUCUCUCGCAGCACUGACUGAGAUGGUAUUCCGACGUCCCCCGCACGACCGCUCCCUUGCUUUCUCGGCUAUUGCGUCGGAGACCAAGGUACAGCCUGAUGAGAUUGAGCAUCUGGUCAUGAAGGCUUUGUCGCUGGGUUUGCUGAAGGGAUCGAUUGAUCAGGUUGCGCAAGUUGCGAAUAUCCAUUGGGUGCAGCCUAAGGUUCUGGAUAUGAAGCAGAUCGAUGGAAUGAGAAAUCGGUUGAAGGAUUGGGAUGCUGGUGUUAAUCAACUGGGACACUGGAUCGAGGGUGUGGGUAAGGAUGUUUGGGCUGCAUAG